AUGGCUGAGGGUCCUGAGAGUGAGGUGGGGAGGAGGGGAGAGGGUGAAAGUGGAGGCGAAAUCAGGGCUGGCGUGAGGGGAACGUCGAGUCUAGAGCAAGGAAAGGAGGGACAAAAGAGGAGGAGGAGGAUUAGGAGGAAGGAGAGUGGUGGGCUGAUGGCACGAGUUUUCCAGAUGGAAGAGGUGCGAGUGCUGCUGACCAUACAGCAUGAGGCACUGGCUCUCUGUGCGCGCAGCACGGGCAGGCUGCCUCACUGGCAGUGCCGCGCCAUGUGGCGAACCCUCCUUGACUGCUUUCUCCUACCCCUCAGGGGUCUCCCCAUCCCGUCUGCGCCACCUGCCAUCCCACCAGCACAUCCCUCCCCAUCACACACACCUCCCAACCGCUGGCACUCGCUCUACUCACACCUCCUUACAGUCACAGGGGCGUCUGGCACAGCAGGGGCAGGCAGGAGCGGGGUGCAGUCCCCUGCAGCUGUCAAUGCCGCCUAUUCUGCUGGUCAUGCCGCCUCUUCUGCUGCUCUGGCAGUGGGUGGGGCCAGUGGGUUGGCUGCUUCGCUGCUGGAGGCACCAGAGGAGAGGGAUGGAGGGAGGGGAGGGGCAGGAGGGGCGUCGGUAGUGAAUGGUGGGACGUCUGCUGGUGCGUCCUCUUUAUCAUCGUCCUCAAUAAGCGCAAGGCUUUUCACGCUAGAAGCAUCCAGGAAACAGCAGCAGCAAGACGAGUCAUGCCGACUAAAACGUCUUCAUGCCACGUCAGCACCUCACGAGGCUAUGGCGUCCGGACCGCCUCCUCCCACAAUGGGCGGCAUUCAGCCAAUGACGCUCCCGGAGGUUCAGGAGAAGAUUGACCAGCUUUACGGCGACCGCAACGCGAAGAACAUCGGCGAAGGCCUCGGCAAGGGUCUGAUGUCCGUUGGUAAGGGCGUGUUCGCCGGCGUCGGAGGGCUCAUCGUUGCGCCAGUAGCGGGGCUGGUGCAGCAAGGCGGCGUCGGGCUGAUCAAAGGAACCAUCGCGGGAGUUGCGGGUCUGGUCGUUUUGCCGACCGUCGGGAUCGUGCAAGGCGCGCGGCAGCUGGGCGAGGGGAUUAAGAACACUCCCGACGCGGUUCGGGAGAUGAUGAAGAAGGAUAAGUGUGAAGAGGAGGCGGAGAAAGCGGAGGUCGUGGACGAUGACGACGCGGAUAAGCUUAACGAAGAGACGUACUCGUUUACUCGCGAAACUGUCGAGAAGAUCGCGCUCGAAGAGGAAACCGCGAAGCCCGCGGAAGCCGCGGCGGCGCCGGCGGAGAAGCGGGAGAAGCGGGAGGUUAAGGAAGAGGAGCUGUAUAUGGUUCUGGAGGUGUCGACCGACGCGACGUCCGUAGAGAUCAAGAAAGCCUACUACAAGCUAGCGCGUACGUGCCAUCCGGACAAGGUCCCUGACGACGAAACCGCCAAGGCCAGAUUCCAAGCCGUGGGCGAGGCGUAUCAAGUCCUCAUGGACCCCGCCAAACGCGAAAAAUACGACCGUUUCGGCCGCGCCGCGCUCGACGAUACCUUCAUGGACCCGGGCUAUUUCUUCACCAUGUCCUUCGGCGCGGAUAAGUUCAAGCCGCUUGUCGGAGAGCUCACUAUCGCGUACACGGCGGCGGGGAAUCUAACGGUGGAGGAGGUGAAGAAGUGGCAGACGCGGAGGGAGAAGGAGCUCGCGGCGAUUCUCCUGAAGCGGCUGGAGCCGUGGAUGGCGGGCGACGAGGAGGGGUUUGUGCGCGACGCUGUCGCGCAAGUGGAGGAGCUCAAGGGCGAGGCGUUUGGCGUCGCGUUCCUGCAGUGUAUCGGCUACACCUACUACACGCGCGCGCAGGUGCUGCUGGGCAUGACGGUGAUGCUGGGCAUUCCGAAUUUCGUGAACGCGGUCAAGGAGUCCGGGCACGCGAUGAAGAUUCGCCACAAUGCCAUCGGCGCUGCGUUUAAGCUAGCGGAAAUGCAGGUCACAGUGGACCCCAGCAAGCCGCCCAGCGAGCAGCCCAACAUGCCAGAGUUCCUCAACUCCGUCUGGAUGAUUAGCGUGCUGGACAUAGAGAGUACACUGCGGCACGUGGUGGAGCUUGUAGUGAAAGACAAGACGGCUUCUAAAGAGGACAGGAAGAAGAGGGCCAGCGGCAUCAUGCGCCUUGGAAGGAUCUUCCAAGAGGCAUGA